AUGGCCUCUUUCGAUCCCUGGGAGCUCUCUGCGGCGUCGACAUCUUCGUCGCCAUCUGGCAGUGAUGAUACCGGUACGGACUAUUCGAACUCGUCUCCAAUGGCAAUUGUAAAUCCCUCAAUGAUCGGCUCUACGUCAGCCAUGUCUCGUUUGGGAAAUGGGCACCCGCACCCGCACCCGCACCCCCACGUGAUCCGAAAGGUAGGAGAAGCAAGCCGCAACCAGGUAGAGAACCAGGUAGAGAUGAAUUGGCGUCCGCAAGUGUAUCCUAGGAGCGAUCAUGCAACUCUGCCCGGGAUAGAUCAGAGCCGGGCCAUUGACGGGCCAUGCCGCGGAGAUCUGGAGGAGCUUACAUUCGUGCCAUACAAGGGUCCGAAAGUGAAGGCAAAACGCGAGCCAGCAUGUCGCCGCGCUUAUCGCGUAGAUGCCCUCGUUAAUGACAAGAAUCCGAAGUCUGAGUUCAAGCGUGACAAGAACGGCUUAUUCCAGGGGUCCUUUCGGACAUUUGGGGCCAGUGAGAGGAUCCGUUCCGACUUGAAUGGCGGAUCUAGAUCUACUACUGCCAUCACUAGGGAAUAUGGCGCCUGCGGGAGGUGCCAACAGCAGAAGUUGAGAUGUAACAUGACGAGGGAUCCGUUCAUGCCGUGCGAGAGAUGUUCUAAGGUAACUCACCGGUAUCUCAAGACACCUUGCAUACGCGUGAAACUCCGCAGUCUGCAUCUACAUCGGCGAGGCUCGACCCUCAACAACAACCUCGAAGCCUGGACUGCCACGCAAGAUCGACUUUUCAGGAAAUGCUUUAUGCAAAACGGCGGUGAGAGGGUAAAGCCGUUGAAAGUUAUCAUCACGCAGGACCAAGGAAUUGAGAUUGUCGUCACCAUCAGGAGGUUUACGCCGUGCCCGACGGAUACCAUCAGUUGGAAAUGGCGGGAUAAGUCGUCUGAGGAGAGGGUCAUGGAGAUGCCCCCCUUCUACAUAUGCAACGUCGAAGAAGCGACGCGGAAUAUGUGGCAGGCCGUGACACUUAAUAAGGAAGAGUAUGUCAAUUGCCUACUCUCGGACGUGAACCCUAUCAUUAGAAAGACGUUCGAGGCGGCGUUUCGGUAUUUGGAGGUCUCCGAUAGCAGUCUUGUGUUGAAUUGCCUGACAUACUGGGUUGUAACACGUUUUAUCGAGAAGCCAUGGCGAAUCUGUAGUAACCUCCCCGGCUUCGAGCCCCCGUAUGAUCCUUUGAAUCCACACGAUCGUAAUGGCGUACGGUGUCCCUUUAACGGGAUCAUUCCUGUUACCCCAAUAAUGGACACGCAGAUCGAUGAUAUAGCGAUUAGAUCCAUCCUCUCCCCACUCGAACUAUGUAUCUUGAGUGAGCUGGACCAGAAGAUCCACGAGAAGAACCGGGAGAAUUGGUUCGAGAUCUACCUCGCCACAUUCAUCAUGAUGAAUAACUUUGAGUUCGUCUUCACUGAUGUCGUCGACUACACAAGCCGUCACGGACUGAAGCCUUCUUCUAGUGGUGCAUUCUCGCUUAGCAAGGGGUACUUCCACGCUUGCAAGACUAUGCUGGUCUAUUUUCGCUUCGCAUGUAACGGCCAUGCACCAUUAGCACUAUCGUGGCAGGAACCAGCUGCACCGGUUGACGGCUUAUCAUUCGACCAACAGGAAUAUCUUCGUGAUAUUAAGAAGGAUGUCAACCGGCAAAAGAGGUCAUUAGAAUGCUGGCGGAGCGGCUCAGUAUAUAAGACACCCUUGUACCUAUGCUACCAAGUCUUGGCUGAAGACUGGAGCCCUACUGUUGAAAAUGCCGAACCUCUCGACGACUUCACAGAGGAAGACUUUCUAACCUCUUAA